AUGCUCUGGUUUCGGGUGCGUAACCUGCGCAUAUUUUCCUUCGAAAACAGCACAGAAUACUUCAAUGCGCUGACGUACUACGUAUACGCAUUAUGUUUCUGCACUCGCCAAAACGCCCGCGAGACGAUUGCCUGGCCAAUGAUUUCAGGCUCCCGCGCUGCCUUGCUCAAUCCAAAUCGAAUCCCAAUUGUCAAACUCGCGAAAUUCUACGUGCGUCCGCUGCAUGAUGGCCCCGCCUCGGACCGCGUCGCCAAGAACAGCACGACUGGCUACAAGAACGUGUCCUACAUCCGCGGCAAUAAGAAGUUCCAGGCGAAGGUGAAGGCUGGCGGCCAGCAUGUCCGCCUCGGCUACUUCGACACCGCCAAAGAGGCGGCCACCGCCUACGCUCGGUCAGAGUACGGCCGCGCCGACGCCGCCAAGCUGCUGCAGCCCCGCCCCGCUCCCACUCCCGCUGGCGCCGAGGCGAUACGGCAGGCGGAGAGGGAGGGCCUCACCCUCACCGCCAGUAGCAGCAGCAACACCGGCUACAAAGGCGUCUGCUACCGCCCGAAGCAGCAAGGCAGCCAGAAGUACGAGCUGAAGGUGAGGGACGGCGGCAAGCAAGUGUUUGGAGACAGGCUCAUGAUUGUGCAGCAGCCCUAG